AUGGUUAAUCUACCUAAGAUCUCAAAUCCUUAUAUAUGUGGUGUACUCCUUGCACUAGGAGGUGUUGAUAUGGGUUUUGGCUUAGUUUACACAACUUUUACUUUAACACCAAUUUCAGAGAAAUUUAAUAUGACUACUCUUCAAUCAACAUGGUUUACAUGCAUCGGAUUACUUGCUGCUAUGGUUGCAGCACUAGCAAUCAAUCCUUUUGUAAAUCGAUAUGGAAAAAGAUGGACAGGAUUCAUUGCAUCACUUUAUGGAAUAUUUGCUUGGGUUGUUCUAGGCCUUUCAAACAGCAAAGCAAUGGUUUUCAUCUUCAGAGCGUUAUCUGGUAUGACACUUGGCUUUUAUUCCACAAUUUGUCCAACAUUUAUAGCAGAAGUUGCACCACAAGAUAAGAAAUUCUUAUUUGGUUUUAUGAAUCAAAUUGGUAUUGCAACAGGUUUCUUAAUAGUCACAAUUUUGGGAAUUUAUGUUUCAUGGCAAGCAGUUUCAAUCAUUUGCGCAUUUCCUGCAUUCAUCUUAUCAUGCACGUUCUUAUUUAUUCCCGAGCCAGAAACAAAGAAAGCCAAGGUUAAAGUUUCGCAAUUAUUGAAUGUCAAAAAAGAACUUUUCAUUGCGUUUCUUUGCAUGUUUUUCUUACAAUUCUCAGGUAUCAACGCUGUUAUGUCCAAUAUGCAAAUCAUUCUCUCAAAGGCAAACUUAACAAUUUCCUCUAAUUUGAUCGGAAUUUUAACAAAUGUAAUUCAGCUAAUAUCAACAUGCAUCGCAGCUGUAGUUGUAGAUAAAUUAGGCCAUAGAAUAUGCUGGAUCAUCUCUUCUUUCGGACAAUUAGUUGCAUUUACUUUACUUUGCUUGCAUCAAAAACUAAACCUCUCAUCAUACGUUUUCAUGGUUGGUUUGUUCCUUGAGCAAUUAACAUACGGCAUAGGAACAGGUCCAAUUCCUUUUGCUGCCGCAGCAAAUCUCUUUGAUGCAGAUUUAUGUGCCAACGCGAUGGCUAUUUCAACAGCAGAGAACUGGAUUUUAUCAACAAUUGUAUGCUUGAUAUGGCCAUACCUUGAAUCAUCAAUGACAUUAGGUUAUGCUUUCUUGUUUUUCGUUGGAAUACAAAUCCUUGCAAUCAUCUUCGGAUUUGUUGUAUUUAAACCAAAAGGAAGCGAAGAAAAGAAAGAAAGCUUGGACAAGUAUUCAUACUCAGAAAGUGAUGAAGCUGAUGAUAAUGAGAGGAAGUUAUCAAACGCUAGUACUACGCCCGAGUUAUAA